AUGGGUACUAGUCCUUUUGGGAGUCUCAAACUGCUUCAAAUUAAUUUACAACGCUCCAAGGCUGCAGCUACUGAAGCUAUUCAGGUGGCAAACUCACAUCAGGCCGAUCUUAUAGCAGUCAAGGAACCGUAUUGCUUUAAUAAGAAAAUCGCUCUCUUUGGGCGCUUCACUGUAUUUAACCACAUAAACCAGCUUAAAAACCCCCUAACUGGUAUUAUCUUAUUAAAUAAUCGUCUAGAUGCACAGCUCCUGCUGCACCACACCAACAGUUAUUUUACCACCAUCUUAAUGAAGCAUCAGAAUACUUCAGUGGUUAUUAUCUCCUUCUAUUGCCCACCAUCUGUAGACAUUACCAACCCACUAGAGGAACUGCAAUCUACUAUACAGCAACUUAAUGGUCUCCCCGUCCUAGUGGUAGGGGAUUUCAAUGCUAAGUCCCAGGUAUGGCAUAGCUCCUUCGAGGAUCCAAGGGGCUAUAAGGUGGUCGAAUUAAUGAAUAGUCUUAGCCUUCAGUCGCUAAACACAAGUACCCUGCCCACCUACUCUUCCUCCACGGGGGAGAGAUGGAUGGAUAUCAGUCUAGCAAAUUGCCUCCUCACUCGGCAAGGCAUCUACUGCAGCACUCUUGAUGAGCAUUCAGCAAGCGAUCACAGUUAUAUUGUGACUUGCAUUCAUAUGUCUCGUGUGGUUAAGCUGCUGUGUAUAAGGCAAAAGACAAACUGGGCAAAGUAUCAAGAACUUAUCAAGACUCAUUGGCACAUUGAUCCUGUGGUGCACAUCGAAGAUACCACUGCACUGGAGCUUGUUAUUGAUAAGUUACAAUACCUAAUCCUUUCGGCUUACCACUCAGCAACAACAAUAACUACAGCGAGGCAAUCUGCUCCCUGGUGGACGAAGUAG